CGAACUCGGAACAUCAACAACCAUGUCGACGAACAUUUUUUUACUGUUGGACAGUUUUUCCAACACCAGAUGCAGGAGAAAACCAGGUCCUUCUUGAUAUUUGCUGGAGGAAUCGUUGCCGUAUACACUCAAGAUUUCAAAGAUAUAUCGGCUAGACUGGGAGGUGAAGCAACAUUGUCCAUACCUGGCGCUAAUUCUAGUCAGUGCAUGACGGCUGGUGAACUUAUAGUGGAGUGCAACAAUGGGAAGAUGGAGGAGGGAGCUGCAUUCUUUGGCCGCAUCAGUGGUUCGUGUAAUAGUAUCAAAUUAUUGGGUGUACGAAGCGAAGAUGGUCAGCACCCCAUUAUUUGUCAGGAUUUGGACUCUCAGAAUCCAUCUGUACAUUCCUACAAGAUAAUCAUCUCCACAGCCAAUCCCAUCACUCUCCAAAAUGUGCCUGGACCCACCGUGGCAUCGGAAACCCCUUCUGUUAACUUGACAACCAAACCCAUCCAAGGUGACAAAGAGACAGUCUCUACAGCCAAUCCCAUCACUCCCCAAAAUGUGCCUGUGACUGGACCUACUGUGUCAUCGGAGACCCCUUCUGCUAACUUGACAACCAAUCCCACCUCUAAUGACAACACGACAGGAAUCAUCAUAGGAUCAGUAGUAGCAGGAGUAGUAGGAGUAGUAGGAGUAGCAGCGCUGAUAUUCUUCAUGAAGAAGCGGGACAGCGCCAGGAGACAGCGCCAGGAUCCCCAAGAACUUGAGGACCUUAAUGGACAUACGAGAGUGAAUGUAGGCUCGGCUGAUGAAACUGAGGACCAUCUGGCAACAUCUGCACUAUAUAACGGUAAUAAUGUAACUGGACCAAAUCUACACCACACCAACAGCAGUAAUUGAACUUGACUGAAUCAGUGGGCGAGGAUCUAAUGUGGACUAUCUAUGCAAGAUUUUUAGCUCAAUUUACCUUAACUUAACAGCGACUGAGCUGAAUGGUGGCUGUUUCGUUUCCCUCUAGUGUUAAUGAGCUGAAAAAAACAGCCUUACAACUUCGGAGAGAGAAAGUCUAACGAUGUAACAGAUUGCUUUACUGCACUACACACUUACAUGCCAGGCACUGGCUAGAACAAGGUAGCGAUCAUCGUCAUGCGAGCGAAUAGAAACAGAAAGCGAAUAAACCUUUGUCGGAGGAACUGGGAAAGAAGAAACGGCAGACUGACUGAUUGAGGGAUGUUGUAAAAUAUUUGCUUUGAAGCUGUAGGGGGAGCUCUGUAGAGAAACCAGCAAGAAAACAAAAGAAAUUGCCAAAACUGCAUAGGUUAUCCUAGUGAAUAAUACAUCAGGUUGCCAAUUGCUGCCAUUGAAAUGUGUGUCAAACUGUAUGCCAGCAUUUUCAGAUAUGUCAAUCGCCUUAUAUACACCUAUAUCGCCUUAUUUUUAUUACGGUACUUGUGUUUUAUUUGAUUGAUAUGGUGCCUGGUUAAACAUUCGUCUGUAUUCCAAGAUUUUUUUUUUUUUUUUAAUUAUUAGUUUUACACACAAACUCAAAAAGCAUAUGGAAAUGUCAUGACUUUACAUAGCUUUACAUCAAAUACUUUGUACAUUUAGACAAAGCCAUCAACUUUGUACAUUGUAACAUACAAUAUUGCUCAUGGAGGUUGUGUUUUUUUUUUUUUUUCCUUUCAUACUAUUACUGUUGUCACACAUACAUACCGUACACCCUUCACGCGCACACACCCUAUUCACAGACACAUACUUCCCCUCACACACGCACCCACACUAUCCACAUAUGAUUUCACACAUACUUCCACAUGUUUCGCCACCUGCUUCCACACCUAUUCCCACACAUGCUUCCACACGUGUUACCACUAAUGCUUCUACACAUGAUUCCAUACCUGCUUCCACACAUAUUUCUGCACAUGCUUCCAUACAUGUUUCCACCCCUGCUUCAGCAUAUGCUUCCACAUGGGCUUUGUUACGACCUCCUGUGCCCCAAUCAGGUUCUGUGCAGUCAGUGCACGGGCAGUAUAGACCUGGUGGUGUUAAUUACUUAUUGCACACACCUGAUGUAGGUGUGGCUGCAUAUUUAAGGGGUUUCUACACACUUCCUGUGUGGGGCACUAUCUUUCGUUAUGGGCACUGGGUGCCAUUGAGGCAUAUUCUCUCACACUACUUCUUUUGUCUUUAGCCCAUCUCCCUUACUUUCUUACUUAUAUCAGAUACCAAACUUUGAAAUGCACUGCCCAUGGAGGUUGGGUCUGCCUUUUUCGUUUCUUUUUUCUUCUCUUCAUUAUUUAUUCUCUUAUGUACUGUAAAGCACUUUGUGAUUUUAUCUGUGAAAAGCAUUAUCAGUGUUGGGAAGGUUACUUUAGAAAUGUAAUGUUAGUUACAAGUUACCCUGUUUAAAAUGUAACUUGUAACUAUUUGAAUUACUUUAUCUGAGUAACAUAACUGAUUACUUUUUGAUUACUUUUCUGAUUUUUUAAUUAUAUAUAUCCAUGGACCACAAAUCCAUGCAAAGAUUUUGGCCUUGGUCUCCAGGCUGCUGAGCAGUUUGGUACAAGCGCACAAGGUAGCAUGGGCAUUCCCAGGCUAUAUUGAGCCCCUUUUAAUAAUUUUUUUUAUGAGGAUAAUAUAUUGAUAACCAGCACAAGGUCAGACUUCAAGCCAAAUUUUACUGUAAAAUCAAUCUGAGUGACAUACAGAUUGGUCACAGCCUUCCCCCCCCCCCCCCUUUAUCAUAACACGUUUACAGGCAGGCAUGUACACUGAUGGCGCUGUAGACGUGAUAGAGCCUAUCAGAAGGUCCCGUAUCAAACUAUGGCUGUGGAGGGAAAUAAUUCUUUUUACAUACAAUAUUCUUUGCAAGGUUUUGCUGACAACAUAGAGAUGUAAUUCAAAUUAUAAUUUUGAAAUUUUUUAAAAGUACCUGUAAUUGAAUUACACAUUUUUCUCCAGUAACUGUAAUAUAUUACUAUUACAUUUAUUUUCUAAUUAAAUUACGUAACGCAUUACAUGUAAUGCGUUACUCCCCAACACUGAGCAUUAUACAGAUAAAGUACUUACAACAAAUGGCAUUAAUGAGGUCACGCGAAGGGAAGGGAAGAGAACUGAAUUGAACACUGACCGAUCCAUUUUUGCCCAAGAAAGUAAGCAAUGUGUUUGCUCUCAUGAAGUUUUUUUAUGUUUGUACAAAAUAAACAUUUGAUG